UGUCUUCUCUCUCAAUCAUACAUUCACAUGCGGAGGCUUCUUCGCUCCUCCCAGCUUCUUCGCUCAGACCCUUUAUUAUUUUGAAGAUUUGAUUGAGGAUCUCCAUUUCUAAAUGGCCAGAAUCCUUCGCCUUCUUAAUCUUCCUUCCAUUCAUCUCUCUUCUAACUGGUGGGACGAUAUCGACGACUCCCUUCAAUGGCAGGACGGGAUCUUCUUUUCACUUUCGGCCGCUUAUGCUCUUGUUUCUCUCGUCGCCUUGAUUCAAUUAAUAAGGAUUGAAUUGAGAGUGCCAGAGUAUGGUUGGACCACACAGAAGGUUUUCCAUCUUAUGAACUUUGUUGUCAAUGGAGUGCGUGCCAUUGUGUUUGGGUUUCACUGGCAAGUCUUCCAUUUACAGCCUCAGGUUCUAGUCUUUGUAUUACUGGAUCUUCCAGGACUUCUGUUCUUCUCCACUUACACACUUCUUGUUCUAUUCUGGGCUGAGAUAUAUCACCAGGCUAAAAGUUUGCCAACCGAUAAACUUAGGCUUGUUUAUCUUUCAGUAAAUGGUGGGAUGUACGUUAUACAGGUUUGCAUAUGGUUAAUCUUCUGGUUACAUGACGACAGCAUUGUGCAAUUCAUUGGAAAGAUAUUCAUUGCAGUUAUAUCAUUCUUGGCAGCCUUGGGAUUCUUAGUGUAUGGAGGAAGAUUGUUUAUCAUGUUGAGACGCUUCCCUUUUGAAUCGAAAGGGAGAAGAAAGAAACUUCACGAGGUUGGAUCUGUCACGGCUAUUUGCUUCACUUGUUUUCUCAUAAGAUGCUUUGCGGUUGUUCUGUCAGCUUUUGAUGAAGAUGCAUCUCUCGAUGUAUUGAACCAUCCAAUUUUGAACUUCAUUUACUAUAUGCUGGUUGAGAUCCUUCCUUCAGCUCUUGUCCUAUUCAUCCUGCGGAAAUUGCCUCCGAAGAGAAUAUCAGCCCAAUAUCACCCCAUUCGUUAACAAGAACCUUCUUUCUCUAGAAGAACGCAUAAGGAAUAGUAUGGUAGUUUAGUCCUUUAGAGAAGAAGCUGAGCCAGGAAACUGAUCAAGAUUGUAUUAUUCUGAUAUAAAGCUGGAGAAGCAGUUCUCUAAGGCUACAGGUGAGUCGAUUUGUUCUACAUUGGUUUUGUAGCACCAGAAUUUGACACAUUUUUUUUUCUUUUUGCGGUUAUAUUACUUGGAGAGGAAAGUCUCUUGCAACUGAAGUUCUGGUCAGUGUCAUUUUGUGCAAAGUGUUUGUAGUUGUUACUUGAUUUUUAGUUGAGGAUUAUGGAAGGUGAAGUAUUUAUUAUUCAUUUGGUUUCAAAUGUAGCAGAAAGCCAUUCUUCA